AUGUCGUUUAGAUGCCAAGAACUGUGUAUUUCUUUGUAUAAUGUUACAAAUUCGACGAAUGAAACUCCAGCAUUAAGUGAAUCUAACAAUUUGGUAGCAGAAUGUAGUCGUUUUGUUAUUAUAAAUUCUUUAUAUUUGAUAAUUUGUUGCAUACCUUUGAAAGCAGCGAAGCAGAGACUGAAUUUAUAUGCACAUUAUUAUUUACUCAUCUACACUUUGUUACCAAUUGUUAUAAUUAUAGCCUGUUUGUUAUUUCUAUACAAGACGGCUGUGAGCGUAUUUCUACAAAUAAAAUAUGGAUCCCAAUAUUUGGGAUUGCUUAACAGUCAAGAUGCAGUUUGGACAACAGAAGAUCUUUCCAAAAGUGUUAUAGAUGUUAUUGUAACUGUCAAAUGCAAGAGAGCACCAGACUUGUUCAUAGAAGAAUUUAAACAUAGAUUACAAACAAGAUGGUUAUCUGAUCCAACGGAAUAUCCGAAAUUAACCAGUACGGUAGAAAAUUUCUUGGGAUACAGUUUUUAUUUGAAAGGAAAAUUUUCUGUGAAUAGUUGUGUACAUAUCGAAUAUUUUGCAGAAGAUAUUAUUGAUGUUGACUAUAUACAAACCUAUUUAACAACAAGAAGUAAAAUAGGUUUGCCCAAAAACAAUAAAAUUCCUUGGGAAAUUUUUUUUAUUCUAACAAAAUCGGGAGUUUACUAUAAUCAACUCUACAUGGUUUUAAGAUUGAGCCAUAUAAUUGGUGAUGGCGCCUCAUUGAUAAAUUUCUUCGUUAAUACUAUUCUAGACCAACCAGUUACAACUUCUUUGUCGAUUCAGCCACCACUGCAGAAAAGUGCUUUAAAUACCUUAACAGAAAAAAUUGAAACAAUAAUUAAAGCUCCAGCCAUUCAACUUUAUCAGAACUUAAUUAAGGAAAAAGACGUGAAUAUUUUACACCGGGAAAAAUUGUCCGGGGAAAGAUUAUUUGUUGGAGUUGUUGAAAAGAAGGCAAAUCUCAUAAAUUGUGUUAAAAGGAUCAAAAGAAAAAUACCUUCUACUACUUUUAUGGAAAUAUUAUUAACUGCUUUUUCUGCAAGUCUGAGCAACUAUUUUAAAAAGAAGGGUGCUAUAAUUCCAAUUAAUAUAAGUACUGUAAUUCCAAUUUCUCCAGUUGGGUUAUCGAAUUAUAAUAUGCCAACACUUACAAACCAAGUAUCUGUAGCUAUUCUCAACCUGCCGAUAUUGACAAAACCAGAUUCGUUGCUUGUUAGAUUAAAUGCUGUAAAAGGAGAAGUGAAAAUUCUAAAAAAGUCAUUGGAUUAUCAGGUGAAUUCGUUAUUAUUGUCCAGUGUUUGUUCUAUUAUACCAAGUAGUUUAUUAAAUCAUUUACUUAACAUGGAUACCUUUACGAUGACUUUAAGUAAUGUGCCAGGUAUAUCAAAAGUAACAAUUUUGGAAGGAAACGAAAUAUCAGACGUGGUUUUUUUUACACCCCAACGAGGAACAGGUGGUUUGGGAUUUACAAUUUUAACCUAUGAUGAUCGAUUUCAGUUAGGAUUAUCUAUUGAUAAAUCUUUAAUUUCUUCCAGAAGAGACUGUCAAGAAAUCCUCCAAAAUGUCUUCGAAAAUAUUCUGUCUUUACAAAAAGAGGUUUUUAGGUUAUGAUUUACAUUACGAAAAUGAAAAUAUAUAUUUUUAUAUUAUAUAUCUAUUCAAUAUAUUUAUAACA